GUUUUCAAUAGAUGUCUAUAUAAUUGAGUUAAUUAAUAAUAUUUGAAUUUUAUAUUUAUCUUGUUGCUAUUCUUUGCUUUUUAGGGUCUUACGGAUAUUACCAUGUUGCAAUAUCAUCGACAUUUGCAAUAUAUUGAUCUCACUAAUAAUAAUGUAUCAUGUUUGUCGCCUCUGAGCGGCCUUCCAUACUUAAUGUAUUUAAACGCAUCGCAUAAUAAAAUUGAACAUGUGUCAGAUUUUACACCUCCUUGGUACCUCACCUACGUAAAUUUAUCUUACAAUCGUAUAACAGACAUAGGCGAUCUGAGCAGCUGCUGGAGCAUCGUUAAAUUAAACUUAUCUCACAACAUUUUAGAAAGCAUUUCUGGGCUAAAAAAUUUAAAGUAAAUACAAAAUAUGUGUCUUCCGAUGCGCGACCUGUAUUUACAAUUUGUUAUCGUUUUUUAUAGACAUUUACAGUACUUGAACUUGUCCUACAACCUCAUCGAACGUAUUGAAAAUUUGGACGAUCUGAAUAUACGAGAAUUAAAUUUAGAAGGCAAUUGUAUAACUUCAUUUAGAUCUGCCAUACCCGGCCGUGGCAUAAAUACGUUAUCUAAUUUGCGAACAAUUCUCCUGGGAUACAAUAGAUUGUCCACUCUGAGCUUUUUCAAAGUGAUCAUCACAAAAGAACGGAUUGCACGCCAAAGUAUUUCUAGUCCUGUUUUAAUUAAAUGGUUUUUAGGAUGCAUACACCUUACGCUUCGUAGAUCUAAAGUUCAAUAGAAUCACUGAUCUAAUGGAGAUAUUGAAUUUGAAGGGCUUCAUAUCUAAGAUCGACUUUAGAGGCAACGCCUGCACAAAAUGGCCCAAUUAUCGAAAUAUAUUGAUAUCUUCUAUAUCAAGCAUUAAAUUUAUUGACGGUGUUCAGGUCUUUCCGGAAGAAAAGGUGACAUCAGCUAUGCUGUUUGCUUCACCAUUGGACUUGAUAGCUGCCCGUAAAGUAGCAAAAUUAACUUUACUAGAACACUUAAAUAUCAACAAGAUAAACGCUCACGUUCAACCGUAUGAUGAAAUCAGCCCUCCUUUGAUAAUACUCACAGGACCGUCGGCGGUGAAAAAACUGGAACUGGCAUUGCAUGUAGCUCAAACAAUUCCCGAUAAAAUAAAAUAUUGUCUUUGGCAUACUACAAAGGAAAUAUGCGGAAACGAUGACGAAAGUAAAGCGUACAUUCUUGUAAACAAGGAAGAGUUUAACGACAUAGCACGGCGCGGCGAAUUUUUAGUAAUUCUGGAUCUUUUGGGCGAUUGUUACGGAUUUCAUGUAAAUCAGAUUAGUCCAUUGAUAUCUGAACGCAAAAUUGGACUUACUCAAAUGAAUUUAUACGCAGUCACCGAAAUUUCUAAACGAUAUCCGAACGUGAAAGCGAUCUUAAUAUUUACACAAAGUAUUGAUCUUCACAGAGAUUGGAUACAAGAGAAAUUUGAGGUUUACACAUGGCUUAAAGACAGUGUGGAAAAUUUGUUGGCUGUUAAAGUAAGCAAGCGUGAAGGAAAAACAGAGACUACUAGUUGCAUAUUAAACUUUAUCGAAGAAAUUUUGGAUGAGCAGCAAGAAAGGAUAACGUACGAAGAAAAAGCAAAAGCAUUAAAAAAUAUAUAUAUUGAACUUGUUAUAAAAAGUAGGAAAUUGUACUUGGACUACCACAAAAACCAUCCUGGCUUCUUUACUUUAGUGAAACGCAUCAUUUUAAGCAUACGGCUAUUUCCGUCAUGCUUGAAAGUAUCAUUGAUAAGAUCAGAGAAAAUUUAUCAAUAUCUAAACUCCAACGCAGAAAAAUAUUAA